AAUCACAGCUCCAUUUAUCCUUUUGUGUCACAGACCUUAUUGCCUUUGUCUGUCACUGCUGCCAGAUCAACUGUGGGGUAGCGUGGCGGACAGAACCUCCUCCUCCUCCUCGACCCCCCGCUCCCUCGUCUGUGCCCCUGGCUUCUCAUCACUUCAAGCUCGCUCGUGUCUUUUUACCUCUCGUGAGCCACCCUCCCCUCUCUGCUGAGCUCCGUCUUUCUUGCUCUCCCGCUCUCUCCUCCUGCUUUACUAUCUCCCUCUCUUUGCUCUCUCAAAGCAGGCGGUCUGCUAUUCUAUCCAGACAGCUUGCUACAUGAUCUCCUGGAGAACAGUUCUCACCGCUGCUCUGCCGCCUCACAGUUCCUGAGCCGAUUUUCAUCUCCACAACGGCAGGAUGCUCCUUAACGAGGAUUGAUCCCCGUUCACCCCCUUUCACUUUCCCCUUCCCUUCCCUUGUCCUGAUCUCCUGCCCUCUGACCCUCACCCUCUUGUUCUCUACCCCCACCUUCACCUCGUCACCCUGACCCGAGCCUCUUUCCCUCCUAAACCACCCACCCCCCUUGACCAUGUUGCCAUGUGUCUGCUGGCUCCAACCUAUCCUCAUCAUGUUGUCCUCUGUCUUAUGGACCCGGGGGGAAAACUGCCCAGCAACCUGCAUGUGUCCGGAUCCUCACACCGUGGACUGCAGCGGCCGCGGGUUGACCCGACUUCCCAAUGAGAUCCCGCUGGAUGUACGCAGGCUUUUGCUGGCGGACAACUGGAUUCCCCGCAUCCCCUCGGACUUCCUGGUUCUGUACAGCGACUUGGUGUACCUGGACCUUCGGAACAACUCCCUCUCCCUCAUAGAGCCGGGGACACUCAGCACUUCUUCCAGACUGGUGUUCUUGGACCUGGGCAGCAACAAUCUGACUGAAAUCCCAAAGGGGACAUUUGGGGAGUCCCGUAGCCUGAUCAAACUACGACUGGGCAACAACCCUUAUCUGAGCAUGGUGAGUGAGGAUGCUUUCCUGGGCCUCACCUCUCUGAGAGAACUGGAACUGGAGCGUAAUGCACUGUCUACCCUUAAGGUGGGGGCACUGAGUCAGCUGCCCUCCCUGCGGGCAGUGAGGCUGGAGGGCAACCCCUGGGUAUGCAACUGCAACUUUGCCAGCCUGUUUGCGUGGCUGAUGGAGAACAGUCACAAGCUUCCAAAUGGAGUGGAAGGAAUGGAGUGCUCCCUCCCUAUGGACGGCAGACGCGUGUCGCUGACCCAGCUCUCGAAGGACAGCUUCCGUGAGUGCCAGGCAAACCUGACUCUAACAGACCUGCUCAUCAUCAUCUUCUCUGGCAUCUCAGUGUCGGUGGUGGCCAUCAUGACGAGCUUCUUCCUGGCUUCAACUGUUCACUGCUUCCAGCGCUGGAGUAAAGGCACCAAAGGGGAUGAGGAAGAAAGUGAAGAGUGAGAAGGAUCUUACUUGUUUUUUUGCGCCUCCGUUGGACGGGCACUUCAAACAAUGAGGGGAAUGAAACGCAGAGGGUGCAACAUGUCACAAGUAUCAUGUUGCUUCUGGUGACUAGGAUCUCGCCCCCUGGUAUGGUUGCAGUUGUUGUCUUUGCACAUGGACGUCUGAAAUAUGGAAACGAAGACCUUUCCCAAGGAAUGAGCCAAAAAUUAGUGAGGCCCAGCUCCACAGCACAGGUGUGAGAGUGUGUGGUUAUAAUUUACGGCUUCUGUCUCAGUAUUAUAGGCCUCCACAGAUAGAAUAAGGCUAAAUCCUUUGUAUUGAAAGAGUAAACGUUUUUUGAGAUGAAGUGUUGCUGCAGUGCUUUCAGAGCUGUUGCGUUAGUCUUAAUAAGCCAAUAACUUAUCUUAUCAUAUGGACGUCCAACAGUAGAGUCUGAAUCCUGUAAAGU